AUGGGGGCUAAGUUGGUGUGGCAAAUGUACAGUAAGCUGGAGCAGAGGUGGAUCAGAAUUCUACAAGCUAAAUAUUUGGAUAGUAGGGAAAAGGAAAUGAUUCUAACGGUUGAAGAUCCCCCGAGAGGGUUUGCUUUGUGGAAUUUUUUGGUGAGUUGCAGGAGCCUGAUCACAAAUCAUCUAUCUUGGCGUAUUGGUGAUGGGCGAAAGGCGAGCUUUUGGCAGGUUUCUUGGGAUGGACAUCCAUCAUUGGAUUCUCAGGCCCCCCAGCAAAUUGUUUUAAAGAUUGGUCAGGUUUGGGGCUCAAAGGUGAGGGAUUUUUUGUCGCAAGAUAUGCCUUUGUUGGGACAGCGUUGGAGUUGGAAGGAUCCUCGGGAGUUAAAUUUGGGGGCGGAGGAGAGUGAAGGUAGGAUGAAGGAAUGGGAAGCUAAGGUGUGUUGGAAUAAUGUUUGUCUUCUGAAAGCGGGGGCAUUUUCUUGGCUUGCUGGAAAUAGGCAGAUUCUUUAUGGAGAUCGUCUGAGGAAAAUGGGGUUUGCUGGUCCAUUCCGCUGUGUGCUCUGUGAAAAGGCGGAGGAAGAUGUGGACCAUCUUCUGCUCAACUGUGAUUUUUCUCAGGAAGCGUGGCUCUUUGGGUUGUAG